ACGAGAAGGCGGUGCUUAUUUUCUCCCCGUUAAACCACAACAAAGAUGGAGGCGCUUCAUGACAGCUAGAUCUGCAUUUUUCAUCGCGCCGCGCUCAAUUUCACGCCGAAGUGAAGAUGGACGCGCCGCUUCCGACAGAGCAAAGCGCGGAGAAACAAGUCCGCAUCGUCGGCUCCGAGCUGGUGGAGAAUUAUACGGUUUACAUCAUUGAAGUGAAGGUUGGCGAUCACAGCUGGAGCGUCAAACACCGUUACAGUGACUUUCACGAAUUGCACGAAAAGCUGACCGUGGAGAAGAAGAUCGAUAAACAUCUGUUGCCGCCCAAGAAGAUCAUCGGCAAAAAUUCCAAGAGUCUCGUGGAGAAGCGGCAAAAGGAGCUGGAAGUUUAUCUGCAAACACUUCUCAGCAGAUUCCCUGCCACAACCCCCAAAGUCCUGUCAAACUUCUUGCUCUUUCACUUAUAUGAAAUCAAUGGCAUUGCUGCUGCACUGGCCGAGGAGCUCUUUCAUAACGGUGAGCAGUUGUUGGCUGCAGGCGAGGUGUUUCUCCUUAAGCCUCUCCAGCUUUACGCCGUCACACAGCAGCUCAGACUCGCCAAACCCACCUGUGCCAACGGAGACGCCAAAGCAGAUCUCGGACACAUCCUGGACUUCACCUGCCGCCUCAAAUACCUCAAGAUUCCUGGAAAGAAAAGCACAGUGGGGACGAGUAACAUCGAGGAGCAGAGUCUUCUCUUUGACCUUUCCAUCUUUAAAGCGCUGCUCCAGAUCGAGAUCAGCGAUUGCGACGCUGGACAGAUCAGAGGUCUUCCUUCACUGAAGCCCACACUGGCCACUCUCAGCAUUCACCUGUCAGCCAAAAGCAUGAAGGAAAUCUUAGUUCCGGAAGCGUCUGAAUUUGCACAGUGGGAGCCAGAGGGAGUGGAUACAGACUGUCCCGUCACAGCUAUCAUUCCCACAUGGAAGAUGCUCACCACUCUGGACAUGAGCCGAAACUACAUCCGCUGCAUCGACGAGUCUGUGAAAUUAAUUCCUGAAGUGGAAUUCCUGGAUCUCAGCCAUAAUGAGUUGUCUCUUGUGGAAAACCUAGAGCAUUUGUACAACCUGGUUCACCUGGAUCUGUCCUUCAACAAACUCACGGUUCUGGAGGGCGUUCAUACCAAACUGGGCAACAUCAAGACAUUGAACCUGUCUGAAAAUCAGCUGGAGACUCUCUCCGGCCUCAGCAAACUCUACUCUUUAGUUAAUUUAGACUUGAGCAGCAACAAAUUAACUCAGCUGGAUGAAAUCAAACACAUCGGCCUUCUUCCGUGUCUGGAGAAGCUGAAUCUGGCAAACAACCCCAUGUGCAUCAUCCCGGAUUACAGGACUAAAGUUCUGGCUCAGUUCUGCGACCGGGCCUCUGAGGUGUGUUUGGACGCUACGAUCACCACAGAGAAAGAGCUGGACACGGUGGAGGUGCUGAAGGCCAUCCAGAAAGCCAAAGAGGCCAAAGACCGCAUGAUAAACAACGACAAAAAGGUGAGUGACGUCCCGGGGCAGGCUGCGGGUGGGCCACAGUCGUCGUCUUCCUCUCUUGUCGUGCCAUCCUCCUCUUCGUCCCCCUCUUUGUCCCGCUCCACCUGCUCCAGCCAAGAAAUAACUACUUGUAAAGAGAAAGCUUUUAUAACCAAAGAUAUAUUAACUCCUGUGGAUUCUACACUUACCCAGAGAUGCUAUGAUGUUUACAGCUCAGCGUGUGAGGUCGCCCCACAGGUGCAAACUCAAGUUGAUUCCGGUUUGUCUUCAGAGGUUACCAUUGAGAGCAGCUCCUGCUGCUGUGAAGAAGAGUGGAAACCUUGGACCACAAGUCUUUCGAAUCUCAUUGUGCCUCCUUCCUUGCUGUUCUACACUACCACCAAACAAGAGUUUACCAACCAACUUUCUGCUCGCAUCUGCCAGUCUAAUAAAGUAGAAUCAACCCCAGUACCUUGCAAAACCACACUUGUGGAAACCACAGAUCAAGGCAGCCCUCAGUCUGGAGAUGGGUACUUUGAAAUGACACUAGAUGACACCAACGAGAUCAUGGGUUGUUCCUCCUCAUCUACUAUUCAAGAAAAGGGAUCAGAUGAUAUAAAGGAAUCUGCUAGUGAUCAUGUAAAAACUUUGGUUUGGGGUCUUUGCAUCAGUGCUGGAGAAGGGUUGAGGCAAUGGCCAACUUGUUUGGUGACAACGGAUAGCUCUUUGGUGGUUUUCCACACACACUCAGAGGAACCAUUGAGUGACUUAAUAGAGAACCUUGAGAUAGACCUGGCUGUCCCAUUUACCAACAUUGAGACUCUUCAAUUUGAUAUUCCUGAGGUUUGCCUUUCAUUGAAGGUGAAAUCAAGCAAUAAACGAUGGUUCUUUUUCUCAGGCGCUCAGAGUCUAAAGGAGAUCCACUCUUACGUUAGUCUUCAUGUGGACCAAACUAAAGAACAAGUUUUGAACUCCUCCAACACUCAGACUUUCAUCCGGCAGUUUCUGAACUCUUGGGACUUUGAGGAAAGUGACGGCAAUGUGAAAGGUGGACACUUGAUCCAUUUCCUAAAUUUAGACCCAUCUACCUCUGACAAAAAUGUCUCCAAUGAUCCUCAGUUUCCAAAGAACUCAGAUGUUUUAUCCCAGAUCGGCUUAUUUGAGGACCAAACCUCCAAUCCCAUGAUCCUCUUUCUGACCUCUCGGCACCUCUGUAUCCUCAAGAUAGACUUUGUUGCUCUUGCAUUACAGGAGUCUUCGGAAGCAAACAUAAUGCGUAGCUGCUCUAAAGUAAUCCGUAUCCCUCUCUCGUUCACUCUCCUUGACCCAAAGCAGGGCUGCUCAUGUAAAGCCAUCUCAAACUCUCGCCGUUUUUAUGAUGACCAUGUCCUGGAGCUAAUGGCAGGUCACGAGCAGCUGACUGUUGUUUUUGCCCUUCCACAAGAGAAGUUCACAUUUCUGAGAGAGUUCUUGUUGCUUCGGUCCAAUCUGAGGGAAAUUAAGACUAUUGCCCUUCAGCGAACCAAGAAAGGACACUUGAAAGCGCACAAUUGUCCCGUUCCGGCAACAACUACCCAAAGAAUACCUACCAGCAGCAUUCCUCAGGAAGUGCCAAAGCCCCAUCUGACCCUGUCUCUACUGUAUCCAGCCAAAUCCCUCAUUCAGCAGCUAAUGGAGGACAACCAGUGUCCCUCACACCUCUCGCUCUCCUCCUCAUUAGUGCUCAUCUCUUCCCUCAAGGGAGACCAACUUGUUCACUUCUUCCAUGACAACAUUGCAGAGAUGGAGAACGAGGAGCUUAAGCACAUCCUGUGGACAUCUGUGCUCUUCUACAGGUCUCCUGAUGUGGAGACGACCGCCUGUGUCCUGCUGUCCAACAAAGCCAUUUACUUCAUCCUGGACGACAGCGCAUCCUCGCUUACCAACCAAUCAAUGAUGUGGACCUGGCAACCGUCCCAGAACAAGGACACUGAUUUCCUCGUCUCCUUCUGCUUCACCCUCAAACUGAAAGACCUGCAGAGUGUCAAUGUGGGCUUGUUCGAUCAGUUCUUCAGGGUCAUGGGGCCUUCGGCUGAUCACAUCAUUUCCUGUCUGACCCGUGAUGGUUACAGCACGCAUCGCUUUCUGCAGCAGCUAAUGAUGGUUUUAUCACUUGUAGAGAAAGUUCCCUCUCCUGAACCUUCAGAGCAGGAUUUCUACUCGCAGUUUGGGAAUAAAAGCACAGGCAAAAUGGAGAACUACGAACUGGUCCAUUCCAGCAAGGUGAAGUUUGUAUAUCCAAGCGAGGAAGAAAUCGGAGACCUCACCUUCAUCGUGGCGGAGAGAAAGACUCCACAAGCGCUAACCUCUUUCAACAUCCUUUUAUAUGUACUCGUUUUCCAAGUCCAUGUCGUUCCGGGACCGAACAAGACCGUGUUGCAACCCAAAACUCUCAUACUCACCAGCACGGACGUCUUCCUUCUGGACGAAGACCAUAUUAGCUACCCGCUUCCUGAAUUCGCAAAAGAGCCGCCACAGAGAGAAAAGUACCGGCUAACAGAUGCACGCCGCAUACGCGAUCUUGACCGAGUGCUAAUGGGCUACCAGACUUACCCUCAAGCCCUCACACUGGUUUUUGAUGACGUUCCAGGACCGGAUCUGUUGUGUCAUCUUACUAUGGAUCAUUUUGCGGACGCUGAUGGUAAAAGCGAAAGGACGCAGGGGAUUGGAGGAGCUGAGGGCGAAGUACAAUGGUGUAUUUUUGUACCCGGAGCGGACAGUAGAGAACGGCUAAUAUCGCUUCUGGCUCGCCAAUGGGAGGCGCUGUGCAGCCGAGAGCUACCAGUUGAGCUAACAGGCUAACAUAUGAAAAACAUUGAAGAUUUGAUGAGUAUUCACCUACUUUUUUUAGUUUUUGUUUCGUUUUCACACAAUGCAUCCUGGGAAGCUGUAUUGUAGAGUCCACACGAGUGUAAUAUUUUUGUCUCAGGCUUCAAACUUAUUGCUGAUUUUCCCACAUAUUUAUCUGCUGCUGUGUACAAUCGGCUUUGUAUCAUGAAAUGUGAAACGUCUGUUAUAAACUUACGUGCUACAGUGUUAUUUUACUUUUUUUUUUGUUGCACAUUUGUUGUUCCAUGGCAACAAAAUGACUUUCAGGUCGACGGCUUUUAAUGAAAGGUAAAAUAUAUAUGUUUAUGUAUAGUCUUGUUUUUAUGUACAUGCAGUUUUAAAGUGUUAUUCCUAUUUUAGAUAGUAUUUCUGAGACGAAUCCGUGGAUUUGUUUGUACAGGUAUUGAAACGGACGAGCACCAAGCACAUGUUUACAGAGCGCUUACAGCUUCACGAGAUUACUCACCAUGGGAAUUUGCGACUUAUCCUGCACUUUCAACUUUUUUUUUUUUUAAUAAAUGUGAGUAAAUGUA